AAAAAAAUUAGAUUGCCAGGUGCUACAAAUUAUUAUGGUGCUUUUUGUGUACGAUUCUGUGUUAGUUUAAACUAAAACUUAAGGGGAAAGUGAACUAUAAUUGAGAAAAUGCGCCAGUUUGACCUUCCAGAUUCUGAUGCACAUUACGACGUCGAAAAAGCGAAGAUUCGAAGCUCACUGGCUUGGUUAUUAGGGGUAGUUCGUAUACAACACCCAACAUGUAAUGUGGAAAAGAUUUUCAAUGAAAAUGGAGAAGUUAUGCGAGAUGUACAGGAGUUUCUUAUCAGUGGUUGGCCAUAUAGACAAUGUAUACGAAUGAUAUUUGAUACCAAUAUACAACAGAAUGGUUUUGAUGCCGUCAUACAAGCUUUAUGCAGACAUGAGUUUUAUAUUCUAAAGUCAGAUGACCCUGUAUUGACAUCAACACAACUAUCAAACUACCCGCCUAAUAUGAACUCCCACAUCCAACUCAUUGAUAUGAUGAUGUUUGCUGCUUCAAGUAAAAUGUGGAUAAGCACUGAGACUCUUGUCAAGUCAAUAAAGAAGUUCUCAAGUUUUUAUGCUUCAAGAGAAUUACCUGGCAACACUGAAGAAGCUGUAGUCCUGUGGUUAAGCAAGGUAGUAACCAAAGUCCAGCAUCUCGAGCAGACCACUGAACCACAUAAGUGGCUUAAAAGAAUUUUUCAUAAGCCCUCUGAUCCAUGCAUGGUGUACCCAAUCGUUACUUCUAAGUUAGAAGAUAUAUGCGACAGUGCAGUUAUUGCACUUGUAUUGCAUUAUUAUUGCCCAACACAUAUCCCUAUAAAUGAUAUUGUACUAAAAGAAGACACAUCGUUGGCUGAUGCUCUACAUAAUUUAACUAUGUCUCUUCAAUUUGCUUUUGACGAGGUUCUAACUCAGGGAAACCCCCCAUUUCUAACACCUGAUGACUUCAUUAGUUGCCAUGACGACUUACAACCAAAUUUUAUCGCGUUUUUUGCACAGUUGUUUUACUGUCUUGAAAUUGCUCCAAAAAGCGAUAAAAUUUCACCAAGAGGUCAUGAGGUAAAAACAUCUGAAAAAAUGACAAUUGCUAUGAAAUCAGAUGCACCACAUAUUUCUACAGCAAGCACUUCUAGUGUUUCCAGUCAAAACUCCAGCAUUCUUUCCAAAAUUCCCAACAUUUCCUCUUUAAUCAGUGAUGCCACAGAAAGAAGUUUUUUACCGCCUGAAGAAAAGUUAAUUGGGAAACACUGUACCCCUACCACCAACUUACUGACAACGUCAUCACAAAGUGAUUCUGACCUUCAUAUUCCAUAUAUGGGAAUUCCACAAAAACCUUUGUUACCGCGGAGACAUCAAGAAGAUCGACCUCAUUCCACGAAUCCAAGGUUUGUGACCCCCAUAUACCAUGGUGUAAUACGCAAGUCAUCUUCAUUACAUAAUAUAUUAAAUGGUGAAUUAUCUCUCCCUACUGCUACACCUCCUUCUGCCUGGAACCAAUAUAAUGACACACAACCAAGAAGACAAUGGAAUCAUCCAAGCAUGACACAACAAAGUUUGUUAUCUAAAGUUGAGAUGGACGGUGAGAUAGAUCAACUACUGAGUGACAGGAGUGUUACUAGCAGCAUGGGGGCUGGGGAUUCCCGUGACGUUGACAUAUCCUGGAAAGGUUUCACCUCUGGGAAACCCCCACCAACCCCAGGGGGUCGUUCCGCUCGAAUAAACGACGGUGACCUCACAAUCGAGACGGUACGCACCAACGAUUUCCGCUCACCAGUUUCCACGAGUCGUGGUUUCUAUGCACGUCCUCUGCUGAGUCAGAAUUCCUACAAUGACUCAGCAUCAGAGUUAACGAGCGUCUCAACAAUCACCGGAUCCGCUUCAUCGACCACGAACUCAUACAAACCUCAAAACAAUUUCAGUGCAAAUGUCAGCCAAGUCUCACCAGAAAAAUCCACGCUUACUGAACAAAAUCUCAAAUUCGCUCAAAACAGUUACACUGUACAUAGUGGUGCAUUUCAAUCGAUGGAAUCUGCGCGAGCAGCUGGUUAUCCCGUGAUUGGUGAACCUUCUCAUGUGAUACCAUCACAUGAGAGCUAUCAUGAUAUGAAAACUUCACAAAAUGAUCAUACAAAUUCUCAUAUGAAAGGAUCAGUAUCAUGUGAGUCUGGUAUGACAUCAUCAAUGAUGACAUCAUCAAAGAAUAAAUUACCACGAAACACAAGUUUGGCUGAAGUUGCAUCACAAACAGAGAAACCAUGUAAUUCUAUAAGUGUUCAAAUGGAUCCCCUUGAAACUAAAUUAAAUGAAGCAUUCAGACUGUUUAAUCAAUUGAAAAUGGAAGUAGAAAAUAUGAAAAGAAGAAAUCAUCGUUCUGAUAAUGUCUCUUCUAACCUGAGUCAAUUGAAACAAGCCAAAUAUUGCCACCAAUCCAAACACCUUUCAGCAGGGGUAAACAAAGAGGAAAGUAGUUCAGAUUAUUCAUCCAAAAGUCCAAGCCCUGCUUCUACAAAUAGAGAGCAACCACAACAACAACAACAAGCUCUUCCAUUAAAAUCUCACUUAACGAGAAUCCACGAAAAUUUCCCCGAGUCAGCAGAUGAGUCGACACUCUGCGAGGGAAGCACUGUCGCCCUCGUGCAGCGAAAACUCGACCAGCUACAACUCUCCGUCGAGCGCGAACGAACGAAACAACGAGUCAGCGACCUCGAUCGGGAAGUGGAAGAAUUACACAAGGAAUUAAACGAGAUCAAAAAGUCUUCUCUUCAUCUUAAUUCAUCCUCUGAAGAGCCGAAACAUUUUUCCGCAUCACCAGUCAAGCAGAACGCUUUAAACAGUUCUUUCUCGGACCCCGGAAAACCCCCAGUUAUUACGAUCGUUGAGGCUAACUCUCCUGUGAUUGGACAAGGUUUGCACCAAUCAGGACGCUCCGUUGGGGGCAGCGAAAAUAAAGCUCAACAGCGCCCUCAAGUGGAGACAAGAAGGUCGUUGUUUUCGAACAAUGGCGCAGAAGAAAAUAAGGAAAAUAGCGAAGGGUCUCUGGAGAAGCAUUUACAAGUCACAAAGCCAGCGCACGAAAUCUCGGUGACAUACGAUUCAUUUUCGUGUCGAUUGGAAUCUUCCUCUUCAUGUAAAUCAACCCCUGCUAAAUCUGCCCCUGCUAGUCCAAAUGCUGAUGAAAUUCAAACAACCCUUAAUGAAAGCGACAGAAAAGGAGGUCUUGGUUUUACCAUCUUGGAGGAGAAGAGUCCAGCAAACACACUUGCAAAGAAAAAAGAGAAGUUUCUGCUAAGCAGGCUAAAGAAAGAAGAGGAGAUGAGAAAAAAGCAAAUUGAGAGAGAGGCUGAGUUGGAAAACAAAAAAAGGGAGGCAAGGGAGCAACAAGAAGCGAUCCAGCAGAAGAAAAUGGAUGAAAAGAUGAAACGAGAUCGAAGGUUAAAUGACUUCAAGAUGAGAAAGAAACAAGAAGAAGAGGCGGCCAAUCAGAGAUUAGGAAUCAUUGGGUCUACUUCUACUAAAAAACAUACGAACAAAGUAAAGACCAAUCAUCAUAUACCUUCGGACCAAGCUGAAUCAAUUCAAAACCUACUUAAUUUUGAUGCACCAACUAAUUACGCAUACACUGAUCUCAACUCCGCAAAGAACACUGGACGCUCUGGUGCUGAGACUUAUAUUAUAGAAGACACAGAGUCUGUUGGGUCUGGGGGAGGUUCUGGUAGUGGCUCAGAAUAUACAGGUCCAAAGUUGUUCAAGAAAUUAAGUUCGAAAUCGAAUCGUGCGCUCAUCCAUAACGCUCUAUGUCAUUGUUGCUUGCCAGGGAAAGUGAACGAGUCCGCUCGGAAUAAAAUAUUACAAGACUUGGAGCAGACUGAUGCAAGGCACUUAAUGGUUUUAUUUAGAGAUAAUAAAUGUCAGUACAGAGCACUGUAUAGCUACAAUCCAGAGACUGAAAAACUUAUCAGAAUUACUGGAAAUGGUCCCCACCAUAUUACGCCAACUAUGAUUGAGUCUUUAUUCAAAUACAACUCUGGUCGGCGUUCCUUCACUCGUGUACCUUCUAAAACACUAUCUGUUAGCAUAGAUGCUAUUACCAUCAAGCAGUCACUUUGGCAAGCAUCUAAAAAAUAAGUUUUUACUAUAGCCCGGUGGUUUUUCAUUGUUAUUUUUCAGUUUUACUGGUCUAUGUAUUACUGCAUGAGAAUUUACUACUAGUGUUCCUAUUAUUGUGUUUUUACUGCAAGAGAAAAUGAGAGGUUAUAACUGAAUACUACAGAAGGGGCAUUCUAACAGUGCUGUAGGUGUAUUCAUUAUUUAGGUCUAAGCACAACUAGGAAUUAUUUUAACUGUUUUCUAUUCUAAACAUAGAAAUAACAGGCACAAAUUAAACUUACUGUAAUUUGGGCAAAAACAAAACAAAAUAUAUAUAGAAAAUACUUUUUUUUCAAAGAACUAGUCAAUUUUUUUUCCAUUUAAUAUGUAUAAGCAGAAAAAAGCCUUUUUUUCACUGUGAAAAUGGAGUUACUAAUAGAAAUGAUCAAAAAUCGACAAUGAUUUAACUGUGUGAAAAACUGUGUAAUUCACUAUUUCAAAUUUUAAUCAAAUGAUUUCUGGUGCACCAGUUAUAGCUGUGUAUUCACUGAUAUCUCAUAUAAAUUGUAUAAGCUGCUAUUCCCCACACACUGAGCUGAUUGAAUUGUAAACCUACUGUACAAGAUGUUUAAUACAUUCUUAUGUUUAAA